CUACUUUUCAACUGUUCGCUAGGCUUUUCUGCUAUGAACAUACGAAGUAUUUUUCAGCUAAAUCGCGACAGUCUAUGGCGGUAGAAUGUGAAGAGGUCCAAGAGGACACACUUUUUUUUGCCUGAAAAUGAGCCGCGCCAACGUAAAUUCGGUGUUCUACGCCGAGGAGUACCACCCGAUUCAAGCCGGCAGCAUCGACGGCACCGACAUCCUUCCCCACGACAACGCCGUCUACAGAGCCCUUCUCUGCUCCAACGCUGCCCUAUACGACCCGUUUGGCGACCCGAAAGUAAUUGGGGACCCUUACUGCACUCUCUUCGUCGGUCGCCUCUCUCAUCUCACCACCGAGGACACUCUUCGCGAUGCCAUGGACAAGUAUGGGAGGGUGAAGAACUUGCGUCUGGUCAGGCACAUAGUGACAGGCGCCUCACGUGGUUAUGCAUUUGUUGAGUUUGAAUCAGAGAAGGAGAUGCGUCGAGCAUACAAGAUGCAGUCUGUUGGUGUCAAAGAACAUUGUAUCUUCAUAUANUAUAUUGACGAUUCGGAAAUCAUAGUUGAUUAUAAUCGGCAGCAGUUGAUGCCUGGUUGGAUUCCAAGAAGGCUUGGUGGCGGUCUCGGUGGAAAGAAAGAGUCGGGACAACUAAGAUUUGGAGGACGAGACAGACCAUUUAGAGCUCCACUGAGACAGAUUCCAUUUGAUGAUUUGAAAAGGCUCGGCAUUCCACCUCCGCCCGAAGGAAGAUACAUGUCACGUUUUCAGGAUAAGUGGCCAGAUGACACUGAUUAUUCAUCAUAUGAGCGAACGAGACAUGCUGACAAGGAAAAACGAAUCCACAGGGAUCACGAAAAAAUGGGAUCUUUGAAGACUCGUCUUGCAACCCUUCUGCUGCUGAAUGCCGUCUUCUUCCUGCUGUCGGUGCCUGCAGCUCUCUCUGACAAGGAAGAAGACAACCUGCUUCAGGGGAUCAACAGCUUCCGGCAGGCGUCCAGCCUGGCGCCCCUCGCGAAGCACGACCGCGCGGAGUGCGUGGCCGACGAGAUAGCCGACCAUCUGGAGGACACGCGUUGCCCCGUGGGGCCCACCCCCGACAACAUGUCGUCACUCGCCAGCUACCCCGACGCCCUGCGCAAGUGCCACGUGGACCCCACCACGACAGGUAGCGGCUCCGUCCUGCCCGUUUGCGUGCCCCACCGCGUGGCCACACUUGUCCUCACCAACUACACCCACUCCCCACGGGCCUCCAGGGCCCUCAACGACUCCAGGUUCACUGGGGUUGGAGUCGGGACAGAGGAUGACUGGACCGUGAUUGUACUCACGACUGCAGCGGCCGCGGGAAGCUUUGCCAGCGGGGCCGCCAGCUUGGUGCUGACGUGGCGGAAUCUUGUCUUUGUUGUGUUGGCUGGGUUUUCUGUUUAAAUGAUGAUGUGUGUGUGACUGUGUUGUGUUUGUUUAUGGCUUAUGCUUUGUUUUGUGUGGUUUGUUGAUGUUUGGGAAUAUUAUUGGCUAGGCUGCUGUGCAUGGUUGUAAUGGUUUGUGUUUGAAUUAAGUACUUUUAAUUCUCAAUGUACAAUGAUGGUGUGUGGGGGUGGGGGCUGUGUGUAUUUCAGGUUAGAUGCAAUUGUGGAUUCAGCAUUAAUGUAACGACGAAUGUGGAGCUAUUAAACGAAAGAGUCGCCAAAUAUGGAC